AGAGGAGCGCGAAGAAAGUUUCGAAAACUCGAAAGAGCAAAAUAAUGUUUUUAGUGGAGUUUUAGAGGGCUUUUGGAAUUUACCUUAACAUUUCGAUAUUAUUUUCAUGAAAAUUUGCUUUUAUUUUAUCAAUUGAAAAAGAUUAUGGAAGCAUCGAACAAAGAGUGGAUUACUGCUAUUACUUUCGAACAUUCCUGUAAAAAUAAUCUUGAUUCAGUUGUUCGAAGUAUAAUGCAAAAGGAGAAUGAUUUCACACCUAAGUUAUCAAAGUUUUGCAUCAGUAAUGGUGCAAGUAUUCCAGAAAAACCACAAGUUAAGCCAAUAUUCUUUUUCAUUGUCUUGCUGAGGAAAUUUCAUCAAUCAUUAACAUAUUUGAAGAUGAACAGUUCAACUUCGUACUCUGAGUUGCUACCAGAAAUAGUUAAACUAAUGGAAUCGACCUUUCAACAAUAUAAUUUUAUGUCCGUGAAGAAAUUUUUGCAUUUUAUUUCCGAACUGAAACUGCUAGAUCUGAUGAAUUUGCUAACCAUGAAUGUGGAAUCUAGUGAAAUAAUUGCAAAACUUAAUGAACAUUAUCCUCGAUGGAGUCCUCAGUACAAGAGCAAUUUACAAAAGGAAUUUAAUAUUGAAAAUCCAAAAGUUCUAAAUUAUAUUGAAGCUAGUCAUACGCAGUGCCGUCGACUUGUCCUCAAGCUAGCAAUAGAUCAAGCUUAUAAAUCAACAUAUAUGACUGAUCAAUACUCAAGUGAUGUGCAACAGAUUAUCGAGGAAUCUAGGAAAUAUAUAAAUGAAGUCAUUGCUGCCUUAGAAGAAAUUUCUGGAACAUCAGUUAUUGAAAAGUUAUUAAGUGGAGAAGAGAAGUUGAAUACUGCUAACUUAAGUCAUCAUCUGCUUUUAGAGUCUUUGGAACCAAAUAUGACAGAGUCUGAUUUGUUGCAAUUCUUAGAAGAUUUUGACAGAGAGGACUCAACGCAACAAACAAGUAGUCUGGCAUCUUGUUUACUUCCUUUUGGUGCUAUCUUAAGUGACGACUCUGAAUCGGAGGGUGAAUCUGAUAGCUGCUCUGGCACUUCCGGUACUGAUUCUGAAAGUUAAAGUUGUCUCUUGAUUGUGAUUUUUAUGUAUUUUAAAAAAAUAGAACUGUAAAUAAA